CUAAAUUUUAAAUUAGUUAUUUUUUCAAGGAGUACAUACUUAAAUAAAAUUUUGUUAUCUAUAAAUAAGUGUUUAUUAUUAAGUAUUAUGAUUGUCUGUUAAUAUUUGGUGACUUAUAUGUUCAUUUAUUUAUUUAUUUUUAUUAGGAAUAAUGAGCACAUUACUUAAAUGAAAUACAUGACGUUCUUUUAAUUAUCAUUCAUUUAAGCUUUUCUUAAAAAAUGUGUAUGAAACGAGAACAUGAAGACUAUGAUAAAUCAGGAUUUCCUUUUCCACUAUUUGAUAUAAUAGAUUUGACUAUGGAAGAGAUUAGAGAAGCUGAUGAUAUAAUUGAAAUGAUGCCAACAAACGACCAAUGGAACUACCCUUAUAAUCUACUACCAUCUAGCGAUGAUGAUGAAACGGCAAGUGGUUUCGUUUUAGUAGGUGAAAAUGAUAAUAUUACCUAUGAUGGACAAAAUGUUAAUACACAUGAAGAAUUGACUCAAAAUGCAAACCAAUCACCUGAUAUGUCUGUUAGUUUUAAUGUUAAUGUUACAGAAUCUAAUAAUGCUAACCAUUCAAUUGAAAAUCGUGAAUUUGAUUUAAAUAUACCACAAAUUUUGCUAUCUAUGUCUAGAAUAUCAAAUAAUUUAUUUGAAAGAGCUGCUGCUUCUUUAGAUUAGUAUUAAUUGUAUGUAUAUUAUUAUCUAAUUAUUAUAAUUUAUAUAAAGAUUUUUACAAAAAUUUAUUUACUAUACAGUCUUUAAAAAAAUUAAAGUUUAAUCUAUGCUAUA